CCCCUCACGGCCCCCCCGCCAUUUUCCCUCCCCCUCCCCCCGGUUCCGUUCUCUUCCCGUUUCCUUCCGCCGCCGACGCCGCCGCCGCCGCUUUUUUUUUAUUUUGUCCUUCCGGUACCGAGGGGGGGAAAUCUCAAAAUAAAAAAAAACCCCCCCGAGGUUCCCGGGAGCGGCCGGGCCUGAGGCGUCCAUGACAGGAGGAGCCGGAGCCGGGAGCUUCCCUCGGAUCCGGAUCCGGCGCUUGGGUGCUCCCGGGGGGCUCCGGGGGGCUCGGGGCCACCAUGAGUGAGGUGCUGGUGGUCAAGGAGGGCUGGCUGCACAAGAGGGGCGAGUUCAUCAAGACGUGGCGGCCGCGUUAUUUCCUGCUCAAGAGCGACGGAUCCUUCAUCGGCUUCAAGGAGCGCCCGGAGCCCUCGGAGCUCUCCCUUCCCCCCCUCAACAACUUCUCUGUGGCCGAGUGCCAGCUGAUGAGGACGGAGCGGCCGCGCCCCAACACCUUCGUCAUUCGCUGCCUGCAGUGGACGACGGUGAUCGAGAGGACGUUCCACGUGGACACCCCCCAGGAGCGCGAGGAGUGGAUCCAGUCGAUCCAGGCCGUGGCCAGCAGCCUCCAGAGCCGGGAGCCGCCGGCGCCGCCGGAGCCCAAAGGCAGCGACGCCGAGGACGGAGCCACCGGCAAAUCCCGCCCCAAGGCCAGCAUGAGCGACUUCGAUUACCUGAAGCUGCUGGGGAAGGGAACGUUCGGGAAGGUGAUUCUGGUGAGGGAGAAAUCCUCAGGACGUUAUUACGCCAUGAAAAUCCUCAGGAAGGAAAUCAUCAUCGCCAAGGAUGAGGUCGCUCACACGGUGACCGAGAGCCGAGUCCUGCAGAACAGUCGGCACCCCUUCCUCACCGCACUGAAAUACGCUUUCCAAACCAACGACCGCCUCUGCUUCGUCAUGGAAUACGCCAACGGCGGCGAGCUCUUUUUCCACCUUUCCCGGGAGCGCGUUUUCCCGGAGGAUCGCGCUCGUUUCUACGGCGCCGAGAUCGUCUCUGCCCUCGAGUACCUGCACUCGCGAGACGUCGUCUAUCGCGACAUCAAGCUGGAGAAUCUGAUGCUGGACAAGGACGGGCACAUCAAGAUCACGGAUUUUGGGCUGUGCAAGGAGGGCGUCACCGACGGCACCACCAUGAGAACCUUCUGCGGCACCCCCGAGUACCUGGCGCCCGAGGUCCUGGAAGACAACGACUACGGGCGCGCCGUGGACUGGUGGGGGCUGGGUGUGGUGAUGUACGAGAUGCUCUGCGGGCGCCUCCCCUUCUACAACCAGGACCACGAGCGGCUCUUCGAGCUCAUCCUCCUGGAGGAGAUCCGCUUCCCGCGCUCCCUGGGGCCCGAGAGCAGAAACCUCCUCGCUGGACUGCUGAAAAAGGACCCAAAACAGAGGCUGGGCGGGGGUCCGGGUGACGCCCGUGAGGUGAUGGAACACCGUUUCUUCGCGGGCAUCGAUUGGCAGGACGUGGUGCAGAGGAAGCUGGUGCCGCCCUUCCGGCCGCAGGUGACGUCAGAGGUGGACACGCGGUACUUCGACGAGGAGUUCACGGCGCAGAGCAUCACCGUCACCCCACCUGAGAGAUGUGAGCAGUUGGACUCUCUGGAGCGCGACCAUCGGACGCAUUUCCCGCAGUUCUCGUACUCAGCGAGCAUCCGGGAGUGAGAGCCCGCACACCUGGACACACCUGGGGACACCUGGACACACCUGGGGACACCUGGG